UCCAGGGGCUCUGGGGACCUCAGUCGCCUGCCCUACCCCGGCGAUGGGCUCCGAGGCCACGCAGCUAGUGGAGGCUGCCGACUUCGCAGCUCGCAAGCACCGACUGCAGCGGCGGAAGGACCCCGAAGGGACACCCUACAUCAACCACCCUAUCGGUGUGGCUCGGAUCCUGACCCAUGAGGCGGGAGUCACUGACAUUGUGGUGUUACAGGCAGCGCUGCUCCAUGACACAGUGGAGGACACAGACACCACCCUGGAUGAGGUGGAGCUGCACUUCGGGGCACAAGUGCGACGCCUGGUGGAGGAGGUAACAGAUGACAAGACUCUGCCCAAGCUGGAGAGAAAGCGGCUGCAGGUGGAGCAGGCUCCCCACAGCAGUCCCGGGGCUAAACUGGUGAAGCUGGCAGACAAGCUGUACAAUCUGAGGGACCUGAAUCGCUGCACCCCAGAGGGAUGGUCUGAACAUCGAGUCCAGGAAUACUUCGAGUGGGCAGCGCAAGUGGUGAAGGGGCUUCAGGGAACAAACCGACAGCUGGAAGAGGCUCUAAAGCAGCUGUUUAAGGAGCGGGGGCUGACACUCUGAGCAGUGCUUGCAGCCACCAGGUGGCCCAGACUUCAGCCUCCUCCGGCCAGAAAGGAAUCAUAUUCCAACCUUUUGGUGCCUCUGGAUCUCACUCCCUGAUUUAUUCAGCCCAGGUAUCUCUCAAUGUUUCCUGCCAACUAAGCUGAGCCCUGGAUUGAGGAAAUCAGAUGCAGCUCAUCCAUUUCUAACGCAUUUACUGCCCCUUCUCCUUGGGUCCCUGCUAUUUUGCAUGGGCCAAAACCCUGCCCCCCUCCCCCCCCCCCCCCCCCAGGGACUUGGGCUUAUAUAAACACUCGUUCAUAAGUCAUUAUGGAAAAUAAAACAUUUUGGGUAAA